UUUGGUUCCCUGCGUCUAAAUCUGGGAGUGGUUUUAGAAAAACUGGUUGAAAUGGUUUGGUUUUUUAUUAUGGGCUUGACUGGUUUAGGUUUUAUUGGGCUGAGGCUUUCUUUAGUUCGGUUUGGUUUGGGUUUGGAGAGAAACCAGUUUGGGUUAGUUGGUUAUGGGCUGAAACCGUUUGAUGUAUUAUGGGCUAUAAACUGUGGGUACAACCCGGUUCUCUGUAUGGGUUCAUUGCCUUCGACUGCUCCCCAACCCAUGCGCCGCCCGUCUUCGCCCUCGCCGCCGCCCGCACGCCCCCUGUCUCUUCCCCCUCGCCGUCCCUUCCUUGCGCCACCGCCUCGCCGUCCCCCUCCGGCGCCGCCCCCUCCUUGGGACAGAAGAUCCAGCAUGAGCUACCCCGAGCUGGCCCUCCCAUCGUUGCCGCCGCCCCUCCCCGUCCGUUAGGGUUGAGGUCGCCGGGCCGUCUCCGCAGCGCCACCUUCCCUCCGCCGGCAGCCGACAGGUCCUGCUCCUCCCGUGGCAAGCCGGCAAGGUGCCCCUGCUGGUCCCCUCCUCGUCUGCAACAACAACAGCAGCAACCAGAAAUGCCACGUCAAGAACAAGGAUAUCGGGAAGUUCUUGGAUGGUAUCUACGUCAGCGACAAGGGCGCCAUCAAGGAGUAGAGUGCGAAAACCGUCCUAGAAGCCGUGUUUCGGCCUGCCGUGUUUCAUUGUCUUUGUGUCAUCGUCAUGAUUUUGAACUUUCUCUAGACUGAAUUUUGUAGUGGAGUUAAUUGUUAGGAAUGUGCCAUGGACCAUGUUAUCUUUAUUAUCCUGCAUAUUGUCACCGCAUGAAUCGGUACGACGCUUGACUUGAAAGUAUUUGAGGUUAAAACAGGACAUGGAUGUGCUCUAUCGUUAAA